AGUAGUAGUAGUAGCAGUAGUAGUAGUAGUAGUAGUAGUAGUAGUAGUAGUAGUAGUAGUAGUAGUAGUAGUAGUAGUAGUAGUAGUAGUAGUAGUAGUAGUAGUAGUAGUAGUAGUAGUAGUGGCAGCAGUAGUACCUUCUGUUAUCGGUCCCAGCAUGUCCUCGACACACCCGCAGAUGUGAGGAUGCGAUUCCAAGGCGAGACCGAGGUGGUCGAGAACAGCCUGUACGAGACCUUGGACAACACCCGCAGGACCGAGGUGGUCGAGAACAGCCUGUACGAGACCUUGGACAACACCCGCAGGACCGAGGUGGUCGAGAACAGCCUGUACGAGACCUUGGACAACACCCGCAGGACCGAGGUGGUCGAGAACAGCCUGUACGAGACCUUGGACAACACCCGCAGGACCGAGGUGGUCGAGAACAGCCUGUACGAGACCUUGGACAACACCCGCAGGACCGAGGUGGUCGAGAACAGCCUGUACGAGCCCUUUGAAAACGUGAGGAAGCCGCGGUGAGGAAGAAGGAAAUGGAAGAGGAGGAGGAAGAUGAGGAGCAGGCGUGAAAACAUGGGAGGGCAGGCAACAAAAAGCCUGCUGGUUCAUCACGAGGCUGCCUGCUUUAGCGACAUGUGAAUCAGCUCGUCAGCCAAUUGAGAGACCUGCGCCACAGACUGAAGCACUUUUGUACGCACGCGCGGGCACUUCGAGCUCGCCCCUGACGCAGCAAAGUGACGACCAGUGCGAUCUUGGAAGGAAAUUAUCGCUUUCGAGCAAACUACUUCUGCUGGAAAGCUGUUCCAGUGGCGGACGGGUCUUCGAAAAAUAACUCCUGCCGAUAUCUGUGGGGUGGGCGAGGCGACGCACCCCCGGCGUAUGCCCCAUUGAUUGGCAGAUUGCUGCAUCGUUUGAAGAAAGGAAGGAAGGG